UGUAUUUCUUCGGCCUCAUUUCCCUGAUUUGCAACAAUCGGACAGCAAGUAUCUUUCUUUGAUUUUACAGAAAGACUUCAGAGCGCAUUAUCGGCGAUUCGUCACCCACGUCCCGCCCAGAGUCAGACUGCGGCCAAGAAACCAAGACUGAAGAAACUUGACUGCGUCCUGGACUGCUUCAUUCUAGAAGAUGACGGUAUCACAAGGAGCUAUGUGUCCCUCAAGUCAGUUUCCUUUGGAACACACUUGACUCUGGAGGGAACUGAGUCUGAGGACCUUAUCAUAUCUGCUAUCAAGACCUCCCUGGAGGCAGUUCGGCCUGGCAUCACAGAGGGAUACAACUUCCAUUUCCUCAUGAAGUCGGGCAGGAGGAGUGAGUACCAGGUGCUAAAUACAAAGGAAGAAAAGAAUGCCAUGUGGCUUAAAGGCGAGUAUGAGACGUCCGCAAGCAAGAAGUCGAGGGCUACUGUAGAAACAGUGAAGCUCAGAGUCUAUAUUGGACUGAUGUCCAUGACUGCAUCGAUGGAUGUGCCUGAGCCAGCAACAAGUACCACAACUACCACACGCCAGCAGGUGGCCACAGUACAGCAGAAUAUGGAAGGUUCUGAAGAUACGACAGAGGAUAGCGGAGGACAGCAUUCAGCUAAGGGUUCAGCCCAACAAACCGCAAUUAGGAUGAAGGAUACAGUAUCCCGAUCAGGAGGCGCGACACCUGUGAAACCAGUGUCUGUGACAUCUGCACAGAAGCUGGAAGAGAUGGUCAAGGGGAUGAAAAAGACACCAGCGCUACAAAGGUACCCUCUCAAAAAUAACUUCGAAGUAGCCAUGCAGCUGCUUACAACUGUUCCUGGUCUUGUUGAAGCCUUGGCAGCUGCCCAAGUUGAGGCUUCUCAGACAAACGACCCAGCCACAUUUAGCCAGUCUGACAAAUGUCUGCUGGAGGGAAUGACAAGUGCCCUGGCUUUCACCUCAAAAGACAGGCGUCUCCAGCAGAUGGCAAUGGCAAAUUGCCUUUUAGGACUGAUGUUCCUGAAUGGCAAGGUCCAGACAGUCGCCAUGACCUUAGAAGAGAUUGUCAAGCAGCUGGAAAAUCUCCCAGAGGACAUACAACUGCCAGGGUUGAUUCGGAUAUUGCUCCGGGGAAAUCCGGAGAAGUCUGAGGGCAAUGAUGAUAUCCUUUUAUAUUAAAUGUCCUUGUAUGAUGUAUAUUUUCGGCCAUUUGUGCCUUAACAUUAGAAACAAAAUACAUGACAACAGAAAUUUGGUAUGGAGACUUAGACACAGAAUGAUCAUGGAAUAAUUCACAUGUUUGGCAUACACCUCCUAAAACUGUGAAAAAUGCAACUUUUAAAGGUAACUCUCCAAAUUUUCGGUGUCGCCUGUACACCUUGGUCACGGAAUGACCUAGUCUCGCGAGAACACAAGACUUGUCACAUAGAAAGUCAUAUAUGGAUUAGUCACAUAGAAAGAUUAAGGAAGCAGUCCACAUCCAGCUUGAACGUGCCGGGAUGAAUCGCAAUGAAGGUUUGGAGCUGCCCAAGU